AUGUCUCAGGCUGCCAAGGCCUCGGCCACGGCCACAGCGAACCCCGAGUCUGACGGCAAGGGGAAGGCGGCCCCGCCCGCUGGACCUGCCCCGGGCCCCGCCAUGGCCCCAGCGUCCGGAACCCUGCCCACGGCCAAAGUGGGGGACCUGCCACCCCCCAGCUACAAGCUGGUGGUCUUCGAGCAGGAGAACUUCCAGGGCCGCCGGGCGGAGUUCGCGGGGGAGUGCCUGAACCUGGGAGACCGCGGCUUUGACCGAGCGCGCAGCCUCAUCGUCACCUCAGGACCCUGGGUCGCCUUCGAGCAGUCCAAUUUCCGUGGGGAGAUGUUCGUCCUGGAGAAGGGCCAGUACCCCCGCUGGGACACCUGGUCUAGCAGCUACCGCAGUGACCGUCUGGUGUCCUUCCGGCCCGUCAAGAUGGACUCCCAGGGGCACAGGAUCUGCCUGUUUGAACGGGACAACUUCAAGGGCAACACCAUGGAAAUCCAGGAGGACGAUGUGCCCAGCCUCUGGGUCCAUGGCUUCGGUGACCGCGUGGGCAGCGUGAGGGUCUCCGGUGGAACCUGGGUCGGUUACCAGUACCCCGGCUACCGUGGGUACCAGUACCUCCUGGAGCCCGGGGACUUCCAGCACUGGAACGAGUGGGGCGCCUUCCAGCCACAGAUGCAGGCCGUGCGCCGUCUGAGGGACCGGCAGUGGCACCGUGACGGCUGCUUCCCCGUGCUGGCCGCCGAGCCCCCAAAACUCAGGCAGGCCCCAUCUCCCGGCUUAGACCGCCCUGACGUUGCCCAGCCUGAGUUUUCAGGCCUUGGCCCUCAUCCUGGAGGGAGCGAGAACCUGCAGGCGCCGUGGGAGGAGAACUUGGCGAGCAGCGGGUGCAGGAAGCCCAAGCGCUCCCAGGGCGGUGGCGUGGCCUCGGGUGCCGAAGGUAGAGAGGCGGAGCGGGGGCGGGACUACGUGGGUGGGCGUGGCCUAGUGCGCUAUGGGAGGCGACCGGGGGCGUGGCUUACAUAG